GAUGGCCGCCCGGCGGCGGCUGGGAGGCUGAGACAGCGGCGGUUCCGGCGGCCCAGGCCGCGAUCCCCGUUUCCCGGCCAGGAUGAUCGGCGCGCCCGACGUGGUGGCCUUCGCCAAGGAGGAGGCGGCGGCCGAGGAGGCGGCGGCGGCGGCGGCGCGCGAGCCGGGCCUGCCCGAGGAGUACUCGGUGCCGCUGCUGCCCGCGCCAGGCCGCGGCGCCCACCCGUGGUCCCGUCGAGGCGGCUUGGGGGGCGGCUCGGGGGCUUCUCCGCCGCCGUUCCCGCGCGACUUCCUGCUGGUGGCCGAGUUCUCGGAGCAGGUGGGCCCGCAGCCGCUGCUGACGGUGCCGGCCUGGGAGGCUCCGGGCGGCUUCGACCUGAACUACUUCGCGCUGCGCAUCAUGUCGGUGGACUACCAGGCCUGCGCGGCGGGGGCGGCCCCGGGAGGCCCCUACCCGCGCCUGCGCUUCGCCCGGGACUCACAGGUGGUGCUGGGCGACUCCAAGGCGGGCGCCUUCGCCUACGUGCACCACCUGACGCUCUACGACCUGGAGGCUCGUGGCUUCGUGCGGCCCUUCUGCCUGGCCUACGUGUCGGCCGACGAGCGCAAGGUCAUGCGCCUCUUCCCAGAGCUCGCGGCCCAGUUCUCGGGCGCCUCCGAGGGCCUGAAGGACGGCAACCGCAGGGCCUUUGCCCGCGAGCUGGAGAAGAAGCUGCACGACCUGGACUACACGCGGGCUGUGCUGCACCGCGAGACCGAGCUGCAGAAGCGCAGCCUGGCCAAAGGGUGUUACACCAGCCGGGCCAUCGAGAAGGCCAAUGAGUUGGCCAGUGUGGAAAAGGCCAUCAUCGAGCACCGCGACCUGCUCCGGCAGAUCCAAUCCUAUCCGCCCGGUAGGCGGAAGCAGGCCAGCGGGCCUCCCUGCGAGCCAACCGGAGAGGACACCCAGCCGGAGUUACUUGUUGAUGAUACGUUGCCACCACCCUGUGCCCAGGGCUCCUCCUACACCCCGAAACUCAUCCCAGCCAAGUCCAGCAAAUGCUUUGACAAGAAGCUGAAAACCCUCCAGGAACUCUGCGAGGAGCAGUCCUUCAGCCAGACCCUCGACCGGUUGCACCGGAUCGAGAAGAUGUUCCGGGGUGAUGUCUGCUACCUCCUGAUCAACCGCAUCAGCAGAGCCCUCCUGAAGCAGCAGGCGUUCACUGGCUUCCUUUUCGAAGACGUGUCUCUUCUGGAUGAAGAGCAGCAGGAAAAGCCCUUUGAAGUCAGUCUGGGUCAGAACCUGGACCCUCCCAACAUGGCUUGUUUGGAAAGCUGCCCGAGUCCUGAGAUACUAGUCGAUCUUGCCUCUUACAAAUCCAGUGUGGAGUCUGUGCCGAUUAAGAUGGAUCCAGAGGUUGAAGACGGCCAAGACCCAGAGGUCUCCCAUCCUGUCCCUUAUGACAACGUCGAACUUCUAGAUGUCGACCUGAAAGGGAGCGUCAGCAGCGGCGAAAGCAUUGAAGUUUUGGGAACGGAGAAAUCGGCCACAGCUUCUGUCCACUCUGAAAGUCAGUCUGGCUUGCUACAAGCCCCCCCCAGCCCCCCUGUGGUGAGGGACAAAGUCACCAGCAACAGGACCAUAAGCGGGGACAGCAUCGAAGUCCUCAGUACCUGCCCCUCGGAGGCCCUGAUCCCAGACGAUUUUAAAGCAAGCUACCCAAGUGCCAUUAACGAAGAUCCUUAUGGUGGCGAAGAAGAGGAAGGUUUCCUGUUCAACCGCGAGUUAAAUCUGGACAGCACCGAAGAGGAGGUGGAAGGCAGCCCUGCUCCUGAAGCCCCUCCGGGGGAUGCUUCUUGCUGCACUGGCAAAGAGAGCCCCAACUUCCUUGAGGGUCAAGCCAAUGUGCCUCCCAGACACGGUGAUGACGAUGGCGUGGUCAGCAUACAGCCAUACAGGCCAGGUGACGCAGGGUUUCAGGUGAACUUCACAGACUGCUCCCACGAUGGGGUCCUGGGAGGCCUCCUUGCCUAUGAACUUGAUCCCCAUUACCUCUGUGACGGCCGAGAAACCAGUAAAAUGAACCUGGAUAAGUGCUCGGAUUCCACGAGUUACAUGAGCAGCGCGGCGUCCACCAACUCCGACAGAACCCCAUCCCCCGCUGCUCUCACAGGAGAAAAGUCCAAGAAGGCCGGGCAGAGCGCCUUGCGCUUCAUCCGGCAGUACCCCUUCGCCCACCCCGCUAUCUACUCUCUGCUGAGCGGGAGGACCCUGGUGGUGCUGGGAGAAGACAAGGCCACCGUGGAGAAGCUCAUCACCGCCCUCUCCAUUUUUGUCCCCAAUUCCGGCGCGUACGCCAAGCCUGUGAAGCACUGGGCCACCUCGCCUUUGCAGAUCACGGACUUUCAGAAGUGGAAGCUGGUGGGGCUCCAGAGGUCAACCUCUCCAGGUGGCCCCAACAUGAUGCAUUCUCUCAGCCGAUACAGCCGAUACAUCAGCGUGCUGGACGCCGACCACAAGACCCUCCGCUGUCCGCAGUACCGAGGGCACCUGAUCCUCCGGCUGGCCGACCACCGCACCCAGAUCAAGCGGGGGAGCACCUACCACGUGCACGUCCAGACCCUCCUCACCCAGCUCUGCUCCAAGGCCUUCCUCUACGCUUUCUGCCAUCACCUGCACCUCCCCAUCCGAGAGGGAGAGACGGAGGACUCUGUCACUGUGCGGCGGGAGAACUUCUUGAAAGUCCAGCUGGGUCUGGCAAACGAGGACCGCAGAGUGGUCCAGUAUCUGGCCGAGCUUCUGAAAUUGCAGUACAUUCAGGAUCCCAUCCGCGGGGUUAGCCCCGUGCUCAGGUUCGAUUACCUGCCCAGCUCUUUGUACAAAAUUUAGGCGUCAUCCAUAGCCUGCCCUGCCAAUGUCCCUCCUCAUCCCACAUUCGUCUAUGGCCAUUAACAGGCUUCCACCGUUCCAGGACUGUCCAGUGGGAAUCCUGAGAGCGAUAGAGAUUACAGUGAGACUCCAGGCAUUGGGCACCACUGCCAGGUUGCUCUUAAGAGGCAGAGGGGGCAUGAAUGUGGCAGGCAAUCAUGGAGUGGAGGAAGCUGGGAUACCGAAUUUGUGAGCAAGUUCUUCCUGUCGGGUCUUUUGCAGAUUGGUGGGAUAUCUCCAGUGCAUCUCCUUGCAUGUGGGAUAAUACUCCAACUAACGUGAAUUAUUAUUUGGGCAAUUGUCUGUCACAUUUGAAAUGAGAGGCCUUGUUGGUUUUACCUCACUUUUUCGAGCAGAGGGCAGUGUUCGGAAACAGAAUAUAAAGUUUCUGAUUCGCCGAGGAGGCGAAAUCUGCAUGGUGAGAUGGGUGUGUGUGCAAUCUGAUUCAAAAGGGAAAUUCACUGUUGUGUUGUAGCUCUGAAGACUGGUGAGGUGGUCAGCUGUUGAGGAUGUGAAUAUGGGUGGCCCUUGGGCAACCACCUUACGUGGCUUGGUUUUGGGACAGGACAGAGCCUAAGAGUUGCUCAGACUGUCAGCUACAUUGCGUAGACCCUCUUGUGACAUUGAAACACUGCACUGUUUCCCAUAGUCUGACACCCAAGAGUUUUGAACCCCAAAUUGGCUGGGUAAAGUUCCAGUGACCUGGCCAACAUAGGCAUGGAUGCACCCAGGCCCUCCAAAGAUAACAAUUCCUUUGUUUAGAUAGUGGCUUAGAUCUUGGCUAAUAAAGGAAGCUGCUGCUCAAGCAGACCUUAGUUUGGUGGCUAAGAACAUUGUAGAUUGAAAUCUUUGUUGUUUGCCCCUGAAAAUAUUCCAACUCAUGCUGAAAACAUGCCAGUUUUCCCUUCUGCGAAAGGUCAGGAUUGCACAAGACCAAGCUUGAGAAAGCUUUUUGGAGUGCACUUCGUUUACUCAUUUGGAAAAGAUUCCCAACACAUCGAUUUCUUGUUCCUCCCAGUGAAAUGUUUGGAGAGGGUUGGUUGUGUUACCAGUUUCAUUGAUGUCAUCCAUACUGGCACAGCAACAAAGAAUUGUUGCAUUUCAACAAGACCAGGGAGCAGAUUUGGAAAUAAAAUGUUCCAUUUCUGGGCAUAUUUAAGAAACCCUAAAACUUGUUUGCCUGCAAUCCCCAAGAGUUGGCUGGAAAGUGUCGUCUAGUUCUUUAGGCACCAGAGUGUUUUCAGAGGGCUUCUUUGAUUUGGGGCAUAUUUCUCAAUCUUGGCCACUAUCAGAGGUGUGGAUUGCUGGCUGGGGGAUUCUGGGAGUUGAAGUUCACACCUCUGAUAAUAGCCAAGGUUGAGGAACACUGCUUUAGGAGUACAGCUUGGUAGCCGGGUGGCUCAGCCCUUCCAGGGCCAUCGUGCCUUUUGAGAGCAAUCUGGAGUUGCAAUGUAGUCGUGACUAUACAUAGACCUCGCUUGAGUUGAUCUGGUGCUGGCUGGCCUGCCCUUGUAGUAUCUGUAGACGUAGCACAGGCCUUCCAGGGUUCCCUGGAGAGAAAAGGCUCCCCCCCCCUGGAAUCUUUCCUCUUAUUGCCAAUUCCUGCACCCUUUUUGUCACUCCCUGCUAACACCGUCACUUUCCAAGCAGCUUCUCUCAUCUCUGCAUGUUUGGUUUUCUGUUUGGUCCCAGAGCUUUUGCAUAGGCGGCGCUUAGGAGACAAUAAAAACUGGGAUCCUUCAGAGAAAUCCAGGCAGCCUUCACGCAUUUGUGCUAUUAAGUCACAUCCUGAGCAAGAACUGGAUGAAAUAAUAUUCAACCAAAUGACUGUGACUUGAAAAAAAAAAGUGUAUAUUUAAAAAAGGAAAUUAUUUAUUUGGGCGCAAAUAUUUUUUGAGAUACAAAUAUAUAUAUAUUGUUGUAUUUUUUAAAGCUUAUAUAACCCAUGCACUCGUGGUAAAAUUCUUAAUUUUAUUGUGCUUAGUAAAAACUGUCCUGGCGGUCUGUUUGGGCUUGUGCAUCUAGUACAGUGAAGGCAACUGUCGGUGGUAGGUGGGGAAAGAAAUUGCAAAUUGGGAGAAAUUGGUGUCAAAUAUGUUGCUCAGCUUGUCAUUAAAAGCGCCCCUUUCCUUGAACGACACAUCUGCUUUUUGGGAGCUGGAAGUACAAACCGUGGGACGAGAGAAAAUUACAAUCCCCGCAUAGUUUAGCUUCCUGCUUCCCUCCCUGGCCAACCACCAGGUUUCCUGGAAAGGCUGUGAGGUGAACGGAAGGAAGGCCAUCUCCUGCUUAAGCCUACAAAUUGUGGCAAUAAAUUCUGUAGCUUAACUGUAAAACAGUUUGGAGAACAACCCCCCCCC